AUGGGGGCACCUAAGCAGAAGUGGACUCCAGAAGAGGAAGCAGCUCUAAAAGCUGGAGUCCUUAAACACGGGCCCGGCAAAUGGCGCACGAUACUCAAGGAUCCACAAUUUAGUGGAGUUUUAUAUCUACGGUCCAAUGUCGAUCUGAAGUUUUUUGUUGGUCUCGGUUUUGGUUUUAAGGACAAGUGGAGGAACAUGAGUGUGAUGGCGAACGGGUGGGGUUCAAGGGAAAGGGGCAGGCUGACACUGAAAAGGAUUCACCCGACACCCAAACUUGGAGAGAGCUCUAUGCCUCUCUCGUCCGUAAGUCAAAGUGAUGAUGAUUUAGUUGAUUCGAGGACUCAUGCUACUUCAGGAGGCUCCUCACAAAACGAUGCCCCAAAGAGAUCUGCCAUGAGGCUGGAUAAUCUCAUAAUGGAGGCUAUAAGAAACUUGAGAGAGCCUGGUGGUUCUAACAAGACAUCCAUAGCUGCGUACAUAGAGGACCUUUAUUGGGCACCUCCGAACUUUAAAAGGAUAUUGUCUGCCAAACUAAGACACUUUGCUGCCAACGGAAAACUUAUUAAGUUGAAACGAAAGUACCGACUAGCUGCACCUUCGUCUCUACCUGAGAGACGAAAGGCGCCUUCAGUUCCCAUGGAAGGUAGAUCGAAGAUUUCCAAUAGGGUUGACUUAGAAGAUGUUAGUCAACGCUCGAAAUCGCAGAUCGAUUUGGAGCUGACCAAGAUGAGAAACAUGACCCCCCAAGAGGCUGCAGUGGCUGCGGCUCAAGCCGUGGCUGAAGCUGAAGCUGCCAUGGCUGAAGCUGAAGAGGCGGCUCGGGAAGCUGAGGCAGCUGAGGCUGAUGCCGAAGCUGCACAGGCUUUUGCAGAGGCCGCUUUAAAGACACUGAGAGGAAGAAAUAGUUCGAUUACGAAUGUACAGAUGAUUCAUGCGUGAUGGAGUUCUAAAAGUGGCCUGCCGCUCGGAGUUCAUCUUCCAUUGAAGCCUAGGCGUGUGUACGGCGUUUAAGGAAUUCGCUACAGUUAAUGUGAAUAAGAUAUUUUUAGGAUAUAAUUUAUGGGUGGAAGUGGGGUCUUCUUCCUCAUGAUUUAGGUGUAUGUUAGUCCAUUAUAGAAACUGCUAUUGGUGUGCAGAUAUAUAUAUUUUUUGUGCUAAGGUAAGAAAACUGGAGAGCUCUGCUGGGGAAAGUGGAGGGUUUUUUGUAGAAUAACAACGAAAAUAACAAUUGAAAUGUUGUUUAGUGCUGCUUCUUGUUUCAGUUUUUCAGAUGAAAGACAAAUGUUGAGGCAUGUUGUUUGUUUGUCAAAAUAGUUC